AUGCAGAUCAGCAUGCGCAUGAACAUGGACGACGAAGCAGCAGUCUACAUGUCUUCCAACGACGGUGCCACCACCAUCGGCAUGCACGAUCCUUUAGUGGAACGCCUCCUCGACGACCCGCACCACCACGCCGGCACCUACAGCUUCCCUUCGUCGUCCUCCUCCUCGCUCUCGCAGCCUGCCUCUACCUCCCUCUCCUGCAGCCCCGAGAGCUCCUCGGCGCACAUCCUCGACGCGCCGGCAGCGGCCCGCGGCUACAACCAGCAGUACCCGGAGGUCUCGUCGCACGUGCCACUACUACCACCACCACCACCCGUGGUGCCAUCUUACGACCACCAGUACACCAACCUUCACGCGCCGGAGUCGCCGGCCAAAACCACUGGUGCGUUCAAGCACUACGCGCGCCACCUUGGGCCGAAGAGGCCGCCGAUGCCCGGCGCGUGUGGACAGAGGAUGUUCAAGACGGCCAUGUCGGUGCUGUCCAAGAUGCACGUGGCGGAGAGGUACAGCCAGCAGCAGUACUACUACCAGGCGGCGGCGGCGGCUGCCGAGGCGGUGCAGCCGCCGUCGGUGAACCAGCUGCAGCACAUGUUCUCGGAGCGCAAGCGGCGAGAGAAGCUCAACGAUAGCUUCCACGCCCUCAAGGCCGUCCUUCCGCCUGGUUCCAAAAAGGACAAGACGUCGAUACUGAUCAGGGCAAGGGAGUACGUGAGGUUGCUGGAGGCCAAGGUGGCCGAGGUCGAGGAGAAGAACAAGUCGCUCGAGUCGCGGCUGACCCGCCGGGACGGCCGCCGCAAGGACGGCAGCAGUGGCGGCGACGACCACGACUCCGGCGAGACGACGAAGGUGCAGGUCGAGAUAACCAGGGCGGCGAACGAAGAACUCUGCAUGCUGAAGAUAGCGGUGAGGUCGCCGCGGCCGCCGUCGUCGCCUAACAUGACGGACGUGGUGGUCCGGACACUGCAGUGCCUGAAAGAGCAGAUCGGGGAUGGCGUCAGCCUGGUGGCAAUGAGCACCAGCGGCGGCGGCGCUGGGCUUGUUACCGGAGUGAAGAACGCCUCUCCACGAGCUGUUGUCCUGACGAUGCAAAUCAAGGUGCAGUGCAGGGAGACACGCACGCCGCCGCUAACCGAGAAGGAACCAGGACUGGACGACACGCCCCCGCCAGUGGAUCCUGACACCUACGACCAACAACCCACCAUUGUUAGCAGGUCACAGGUCAAAGCCGCGCGCGCGCGAAUGGAUCAGACACGGACACCUUUGGCAGCAGAUGCAGAGACAGCGUCAUCAUGCAGGACUACUUGGCAGCAGGAGAAAGAAGAAGUGUCAACCGAGGACCAUAUUCUUCUUCCAUGA